AUGUUAGGCGAGGCUCUCCAAUUUUUGUAUGGAUUGGCAGCGAUCUCACUUUUGCACUCCUGGGAGGACUUGCUGGAACGAUUGGAGCUUCGAUUUGGCCAAUUCAUCGGGCAAACCACCGUGGUAUAUGUAUGGGAUGUUUGUGAUUCUGACCCAGAACUAGGUAACUCUUUCUCUAAGGUUGUGAGUCCCGAAAUUGGUUUUGAUGAUGUUCAUUCCAAGUUGGAUGCUGAUUCUGUGAGUUUAGUGGGUAUUAUUGAAGAGCCUGAUGAUGAGAUGUCUCUGAUUGAUGUUGUUAGGGUGGAUUUUUUUGUUACUGGUGGAACUGAAAAAUGUCAUGAGGAUAAAACUGCAGUUUUUGGUGGAAAUGUAGUUGAGUCUAAUUUAAAUCUCAGUUUGUUAUUUGGUGUUGAGGCUGUGUCAGAGUCAUUUGUGAAUUCUCCCACUAAUGUAAAUGUUGGUUGCCCAAUUACUUUUGAUCCCGGUGGAAAUUGGGAAUUCAAAUGCCAAGAUGGCAGUGAGCCUGUGUUUUCCAAUGUUGAAGGCGGGAUGAAUGUGCAAUGUCCUUUUGUUAAGGGUAGUUGUCUAAGCUUCAGUGUAUUUGAUCUUGGUAUAACCAAAGACAUUUUUUACUUUGACUCCAUAUUUGCUGAUGGAAGCGAAGACAAAGUGCAGCCUAUUGAUGUUAAGGUGCCUAUUCUGUUUGAAAAACUCAGUUCGGGAAAACCCUGGGUUAAAGGGGCCACUGGUUUUAGAGGGGGCACUGAAUGUUGUUUGGAUGUAACUGUUGAUAGUAUUGUUGUUAAUUUUAUCACUGGCAUUCGGUUGAACUUGUUGGAUGAGAAUCCUGUUGAAGCUGGUAGAGCGUCUCGUCUGCCUGUGAACCAGCUGUGGUGUAAAGUUUGGGUUGAGAUGGCAACUGGUUUUAGGGGAGGAACCAUGUUGUUGGAAAUAGAGAAAUGGAUUCAGAAGUCUACCUGUUUCAAUGGUGGUAUCCUCACUUUUGAAAGUCAUAGGAAGCAUAUUACAUCAAUGGAAAAAUCAAACUUCAUUUGGAAGAUUGCUUGGCAAGAAUUCUUCACAGGGAAGGUGCAGCAAUGA